GGGUUACACCUGACCCUGAGGUAGGGGAGACGCGGGUUACACCUGACCCUGAGGUAGGGAGACGCGGGUUACACCUGACCCUGAGGUAGGGGAGACGCGGGUUACACCUGACCCUGAGGUAGGGGAGACGCGGGUUACACCUGACCCUGGGGUAUGAGAGACAGACAGGUGGAAUUGAUUCAGACAGGAUUCGUAUGUCAUUAUAAUUAUAUUCAUAUCGCUCCCGAGUGGCGCCGUGGUCUAAGGCACUGCAUCUCAGUGCUAGGGGUGUAACUACAGACACCCUGGUUCGAAUCCAGGCUCUAUCACAAUAGGCCAUGAUUGGGAGUCCCAUAGGGUGGCGCACAAUUGGCCCAGCGUCGCCGGGGUAGGCCGUCAUUGUAAAAUAAGAAUUAGUUCUUAACUGACUUGCCUGGUUAAAUAAAAUAAAAUAGCCCAUGCCUUUGGUAAGGUGGCAGGUAGCCUAGCGGUUGGAGCGCUGUGCCAGUAACCUGAGCCUGCAAGGUAAAACAAAAUCUGUGUGCCCUUGAGCAAGGCACUUAACCCUAAUUGUUCCAGGGUUGCUGUUAUCAGGUGUGUCCUGCUUGCUGCCAAAGCUCACUAAUCCUGUUUCAUUCUUUAGUUAUCAAUGGCUGACCCUGGCUGUGACCCCACUCUGUGAGGGGGUCUCAGAAGGAGUUGGGAUAUUCACACAUGUAUAAUAUAUUCUUGUACAUUUGUGAAAUAGGACAAAUGUAAGCAUCCAAAUGAUUAUUGUCUUAUAACAGACGAGGAUGCUUAAAUGUAUGGCUCCAUAGUAAUGUAAAUAUGAAGCCUCUACAUUUUUCAGCUAGAUUGUUUUGGGUCUGUCAUAGUUUUUUGCUGUUUGAUCGUUGCUGACUGUAGACUGUGUGUUCCUGGGGGAUGCCGUUGACAGCCCUAUUGGUGUGUGUUAAUGAUGAACAGAUCUGCAGAGAACAAGCACGUGGGGAACAUCACCAUCAUUGCCUGGCAGAUAGAGGAGAAGAGAGAUCAGAGGACUCUGCCUGUUGCCAGGUUACCAGACACCAUCAACGGCAGGACCGUGCUUCCGGUGGACGAGAGCCUGACAGAAUCCAUGGGUGUCAGAGCCAAAUAUGCAUCUUUAUGCAAAGACAUCCUGCUGACAUCAGUGUUUGGAGGCACCAUGUCCAGAAUGUAUCGUUUCCCCACCACAGACGGUCACCACCUGCGGGUGCUAGAACAGAUGGCUGAAAGUGUGUUGUCUCUCAACAUCCCCAGACAGUAUGUCAAACUACUGCUGGAGGAGGACGCUGUCAGGGUUUGUGAGCUGGAGGAGCUGGGGGAGUUGUCACCAUGCUGGGAGAACCUACGACGACAGAUAGUCACUCAGUACCAGAACAUCAUCCUCGCGUACCAGGAGACUCUCUCUGACCUCACCAACUACAAGGGUCCGUCGUUCAAGGCCAGUAACCUGAAGGCAGAGAGGAAGCUGGAGUUCAUACCCACCAACCUUCAUGUCCAGAGGAUGAGGGUGCAGGAUGAGUCUGGCUUUGACCACACGUAUGACGUGGUGACUAUCGGGGCUCCCGCCGCCCACUACCAGGGCUUCAAGAACAGCGGCCUGCGCAAGCAAAUCACCAAGUUCGAGGAGGCCAAGAAACACGUUUAUGAAGAAGACUGCAGUGCCCUGUCCAGCUGUCAGUCUAUAGUGUACAUCCCCCAGGACAUUGUCCGGGCCAAGGAGAUCAUCUCCCACAUCAACACCCUGAAGACCCAGGUCAGCUACUAUGCUGAGAGGCUGUCCCGCGCCGCCAAGGACCGCUCUGCCAACGGUCUUGAGAGGACCCUCGCCAUCCUGGCCGAUAAGACUCGCCAGCUGGUGACGGAGUGCGACUGCAAACUGCUGGCCUCGGCAAUCCAGGCGCUGAACGCGGCACGCCCCGAGUACAUCGCCUCCAAGGCGUCACCCUCCGCCGACGCCACCGAUCAAGUGGUCCUGCGCAACGACCGGGACACGCUGCUGGCCAAGUGGAGCGGAUGCAACAGCCGCUCCUCGCUGCACGUCGACUGGCACGAGGAGGAGUGGGAGAAGGUGUGGGUAAAUGUAGACAAGAGUCUGGAGUGUAUCAUCCAGCGGGUGGACAAACUCCUUCAGAAGGACCGUCUGCCUGGCGACAGCAGCCAGGGGGACACUACCCCAGGCCACCAGCAGGGCGGCAGCAGUAAGAAAGGUAACCAGAGUACCAGGGCGUUCUGGAUCAACCCCGAUUGUAUGACCCAGGAGGAGCCUUCAUCAUCACUACCUUCCUCCCCAUCAUCAUCCUCCCUCCUGCCUGCUCUCACCCUGAAUCUGACUCAUGCAUGCCCACCCAGCCCUGACAAAAACCCAUAUGGCAGCCCCAGUGGCGAGGAGGCUUUCCCAGGGGAGUGGAGCGAGGCGCUGUACCCUCUCCUCACCACGCUGACAGAGUGUGUGGCUAUGAUGAGUGACAAGGCUAAGAGCUCCAUGGUGUUCCUGUUGAUGCAGGACAGUGCUCCUACCAUCGCCAUGGACCUCUCCCUGCAGUACAGACGAGACGUGGUCUUCUGCCAGACGCUCACUGCCCUCAUCUGUGGCUUCAUCAUCAAGCUGAGGAACUGUCUCCGUGACGAUGGCUUCCUCAGGCAGCUCUACACCAUCGGCCUGCUGGCCCAGUUUGAGUCUCUGCUCAGCACCUACGGCGAGGAGCUGUCCAUGUUGGAGGACAUGUCGGUUGGCAUCAUGGACCUACGGAACGUUACCUUCAAGGUGACCCAGGCAACCUCCAGCUCCUCCCCCGACAUGCUGCCGGUCAUCACUGGCAACCGGGACGGCUUCAACGUCCGCAUCCCGUUGCCGGAGACCAUGUUUGACGCGUUGCCGCGGGAGAUCCAGAACGGCAUGCUGCUGCGCGUCCAGCCAGUGCUCUUCAACGUGGGAAUCAACGAACAGCAGACGCUGGCAGAGAAGUUUGGAGACACGUCUCUCCAGGAGAUCAUUAACCUAGAGAGUCUGGCCAGACUCAACUCCUACUAUCAACAGUUCAAGGAGGUCUUACCUGAGGACUGCCUGCCAAGGUCCCGUUCACAGACGUGUCUACCAGAACUGCUGAGGUUCCUGGAACAGAACGUCCACGCCAGGAAGAACAAGAACGUAGACAUCCUGUGGCAGGCAGCAGAGAUCUGUCGUCGUCUGAACGGUGUGCGGUUCACCAGCUGUAAGAGUGCUAAGGACCGCACGGCCAUGUCCGUCACCCUGGAGCAGUGUCUGAUCCUACAGCACGAACAUGGCAUGGCCCCACAGGUCUUCUCCCAGGCCCUCGACUGCAUGCGCAGCAUUGGGACCAGGGAGGGGGUCACCCAGAAGAACCUGAGUGGCCUGUUGCCUGUGCGGGAUUUCAGGCUGGACCCCAGCCUGCUGUACUCCCUGCCCCUGCUGGCCCUCAGCCCCAACCUGCUGGUCGUCUGGCUGUUCCUCAGCGUCGCCUACUUCCUGGCCAAGCUCCGCUGCAGCUGAAGGCACAGCCCCUCUGCCACCCAGCCCCACCUACUCUCGACCUCUACUCACCUCUUCUCUCUACCCAUUCCCCCCAGUGUGUCCAUCAGUCAGUCAGUCGGUCAGGAAGAAAGGCAAAACGUUAGUUUGUCAGUCAAGGAGGAAGACAGGCAGUCAGGGAGUCAGUCAGUCGCUCUAUGUCAGUCUGUCUGGAGCUCAGCCGGGAGAACCCUCUGAUUGGUCAAGGGCAGACCGUGUGUACCUGACUGGACUUUAUGUGCGUCACUCGGCUAAACUGCCAGCUGUUCCACCCAAUGGGCAGCCAGCACUCCUCCCGCCCUGCUCUCUGUCCUAACCAAUCCAGUCAGAGCAGGAGGCUGGUCUAAAGGUCUAUGUGCAGUACUGUAUGAGACUGUUACUGUCAGUGUUCUGACAUAUUUCUCAGUUUAACACCCAUUGUUUUACAACAAUCAAAAACAAACAGAGUAUGGAGAGAAAUUUUGUGAAAUAUAGCCGGUCAGAAGUUUUAGCUGAAUUGAAUGGAAGUUUUGUCCCAGUUGUCCUUGAGUAUUUAUAAUGCUGCUUCCCAACUCAUGACAUGAUUAUAACCAUGCUGUUAUGAUAAUAUGAUGUCAUGGAUCCUUUGGUUUUGCACACAGCUUAUUUUCAGUCAUGCAAAUGUUCUGGCUUGCUUGACGUUUACGUCUUCCAUAAGGUUUGCAUACAGCAUAAGCCAAGGGAUAGCUUGGCCAUGCAAUAUCAAGCUGAUGUUUUGAUCUGGUGGCCAUUUUGUUGUUGUUCCUCAGGCCUUCCUACUCUUACAGCAGGAGAGACUUGUGUCCGCUUUCACUUUAAACCAAUGCACUUUUUUUUCUCAACAUUGUCAUCUUAAUGAAGAUUAUUUGCUUGUCUUGCCAAUUGACACAGUUUCAUCUUGGUUGGAGCCAUUUGAAUUGGCUAAUUCUGGGAAUGUAUGAUAUUUCAGGGGACCUUUGUUGGCUUGUUUGAUUAUGCAGUGUAGUUUUUCCGAAGUGUUAAUUUUUAGUUUAUCAGAUUUCAUUUCAUGUCUGUACCAAGUUUCCUAUUUACUAUAGAGUUUGUAUAUAUGAAUUGGUUCUUUGUUUGAGAACCUAUAAGGGUUGCAGUUCUAUGGAAAUGACAGAGGGAGUGAAGAGAAUGUACAUGGGCAAACCUACAUGGCUCCCUACCACCAAAUGAUGCACUACCUCUGACCAGUAGUGCACUAAAUAUAGGGGAUGAUUUGAGACACAACCCAUGCUUGUUGUGCCAAAUGUUUUAGCCAGGUCUCAGAUGGUAGAUACAGGUCUUGGAUCUUUAUUCCAGGUCAGAGUAUUACCUCCAGAUCUCCCAGUAGCCCAAAUCCAUCCCGCUUCCACAGAGAAGUGCCCUAGAAAGGGAGAUUUGAUAUCAGACUCUUUGGGUUACUUCCAAGCCUUGCACUCUGGACUUCCUGGUCUCUGCCGAGAGAGUCCACACACCAUUAGCAUAUACAGUAGUUGCUAUCUAGUCCCAUAAAACAUGAUUAGCUAUCUAAUGGUAUAUGCACUCAUUAAUAUGUAGACUAGUGGUAUUAUCGUUUUCUAGCCCCAUAGCCUCUCUCCAUUUUAAUUAGUAUAAUACCUGUCUUCAGUGUUACGUCCCAAGACGGCCACACUCAAUCCAAUCUAAAGUGACCUACUAAAGAAAUGGACCAUCCGUCCCAAAAUAGCCGCCUCUGUGAGAUUGUCAUGCUUGUCUUACAGCCCCUCCACCCCUCAUUUCCAACUCCUCGACCCCCCACAAUGGAAAACUGGAGGGAUUCUUUUGUCCUUGUUGGUUGAGCUUUAUGCAAGCUUCUUAUAGGCCUCUCACCUGUGUGACUGGUAUGAGAGCUAGGCUGGGUUUAAUGGUGUAUUUAGGUUAGUUCAAUGGUUUGGUUUUGAAUAUUCAGAGUUUUUUUUUUUUUUUUAACUGAUUUUUGUGCAAUGUUACUGUUUUACAUGAUCAACAAAUACGUAAGUACAUGCAGUAUUUCUUUCUCAGUAUUCUACAGUAUUUACUUUUUCAAUCUUGUAAAUCCAUAUUGUAAAUAAUAGAAAUGUAUAAAAUCAGAUCAUCUAUUGAUAAGUAUGCUGGUGUAGAACUACCUCUUUUGUCCCAUGAAAACACCAUCUGACUGUCAGCCAGGGGAGGAGAGCUGAGGGGACAGCCAGGGGAGGAGAGCUGAGGGGACAGCCAGGGGAAAAUGUGCUCCAUGAGAGCAUCACCCAAGUUCUGUCCCAAAUGGCACACUUUUCCCUAUGUAGUGCACUAAUUUUGACAAGAGCCCUAUAGGUCCUGGUCAAAAUAGUGUACUAUAUAGGGAAUAGGGCGCCAUUUAGGACACAUCCCCAGUAUGUACAACGCUAGGAUGGCGUUUGCUUCAACCAAAUGUGAAAUAGCUCCUCUUGCUGGUAGGUCCUAAGAAAAGAGUUGGAUUGCUCCAUUCUGGGGAUACAUGCAAUUAGGAGCCCAUUCUAAAGUUGUAGAGAAUUGCAGAAUGUGCUGGUGGCAGUUGGUUCUGCUGGUGUAUUUAAUUCCCAUGAAGAAACCCACUGCGUUAAACAUGUUGUAACCAUAGUGAUGCUAAAUCCAGGAAUAAUUCCAACUAAAACCAAGUUCCUGACUCAAUUCUCAAGUUUUAUUUUUCUGUUUCUCUUGAAUUCCUUAGUGCUUUUGACGAUAGAGAAUAUAUUUAUAUUGCGUUGCAUUAUAUUUUCAUGCUUGUCUGUCUAAAUACUCAAGAUUUGCUAAAUAUAUGUAUUCUUAUGGAAAGUUUGAUGUGAUUACAUCAUCGUCAUGCAGGUGUCACUAUAAUGAGAGGGAGAAAUUCUAGUUGCUGUUCCAGAUAUCAUUGUAGUAACCCUUGUCUGGUACUUUGCCAAGUUCCAACCCAAUAUCAGGGUUGCUUGCAUAACCAUUUAUGAAUAUGCUCUGAAAUAGUAGACUUUUCUCCCUUUCGCUCUGAAAUAGUAGACUUUUCUCUCUGAAAUAGUAGACAUUUCUCCCUUUCUCGCUAAUGCUUCUCUCUGAAAUAGUAGACAUUUCUCCCUUUCUCUCUAAUGCUUCUCUCUGAAAUAGUAGACGUUUCUCCCUUUCUCUCUAAUGCUUCUCGCUGGAAAGUGAAAUAGCAGUCAUUUAGUCAGCAGCCCAAAGAAUCAGCUUUAAUGUUAUGCAAUAAACGUCAUGCCAAAUGUAUCAGAGGAGAAGGUGUAUACUUCACUAUAGAGUAUUUGAAUAGUUCUGUUUGUUUUCCCUGGAAUGGAACUGUUGCAUUGAAAUUAGAAUGUAGAACAUUUAAGUCUGUGUGUUUUGCUAUUGCUCUUGUUUCACUUUAUCUGUGGUGCUCGUAACUCUAUCUAGAAAGCAGGUCUUCUGUACACAGUAUUAGUGUUCUGUACCGCUCCCUCCAACAACAUCCCGAUAUUUCCCGGGACAAUCCGUCCGUUCACUUUAGCUGUUGCCCACAUGUUUCUUUGACAGUGGCGUCAAUGUGUUGGUUGGUUUUUGGGUUUCUCAUUGUCUUUUAACACGAGCCCUUUUUUGUUUUGUUUUCUUCACUUUGCUGUCAUCCUCUCUAUCUGUGCUUGCCCCCCUCCCCUCCCCUCCCCUCCCCUCCCU